AUGAAACAUUACAUUGUCCCCGCGCUGGCUGACCCAACAGCAGAAAAAAUAAAAGCGGGGCUGGAUGCUUUGCUCUCUAUAGACUGCAGCAGCAGCAGCAGCAGCAGCAGCAGCAGCAGCAGCAGCAGCAGCAGCAGCAGCAGCAGCAGGGGGAAUGUCAUCGAUGAAACUUCUCUCUCUCUUUGUAUUCCUCUUCUUGUGAGAAGUAUAAAUGAACGCAGCAGCGAAAUAAAGAGAAAAGCAGCAGACAUAAUAGGGUCUUUUGGUUUGUUAUGUCUGCAGCAGCAGCAGCAGCAGCAGCAGCAGCAGCAGAAGCAGCAGCAGCAGCAGCUGUUAUUACCUUAUCUACCUCAGCUUCUCCCCCCACUACAACAAGCCCUUGGGGAUCCGAUCCCAGCUGUUCGUGCUGCAGCAGCACGUGCAUGCGGUGCUGUUGCUGCUGCAGUAGAUGAAGCAGAACUAGCAGGGCUGCUGCAGUGGUUGCUGCAGACGCUCAGCAGCAGCAGCAGCAGCGUGGAGAGAAGCGGAGCAGCAAAUGCAUUAGCUGAGUUGCUGCUAGCAUGGGGACCAUCUAGACUGCAGCAGCUGCUGCCUCAGCUGCUGCAGCAAGCAGGGGAUACAGCAGCAGCAGCAGGAUGCCGUGAAGCGGCUGCUGCAGGGAUACGAAGACGAAGACAUAACAACCACAACUACCACCAGCAGCAGCAGCAGCAGCAGCAGCAGCAGCAGCAGCAGCAGCAGCAGGGGUAUUGCUGCUGA